GGAGGAGUCAAGAGAGAGGCUUCAUUACAGAAUAGGUUUUCUGCUGAACCUGGAUGGAAAACCACAAUCUAACAGUGGUGAAUGAAUUCAUUCUCAUGGGAAUCACAGAUAUUCCUGAGCUGCAGGCACCAUUAUUUGCAUUGUUCCUCAUGAUCUAUGUGAUCUCAGUGAUGGGCAAUUUGGGCAUGAUCAUCCUCACCAAGUUGGACUCCAGGCUGCAAACCCCUAUGUACUUUUUUCUCAGGCACCUGUCAUUCACUGAUCUUGGUUAUUCAACAGCUGUGGGACCCAAAAUGUUAGUAAAUUUUAUUGUGGAUAAGAAUACAAUAUCCUACUAUUUUUGUGCAACACAGCUGGCUUUCUUUCUUGUGUUCAUUUGUAAUGAACUUUUUAUUCUCUCAGCAAUGUCCUUUGACCGCUAUGUGGCCAUCUGUAACCCUCUCCUAUACACGGUAAUCAUGUCAGAAAGGGUAUGUCAGGUGCUGGUGGCAAUCCCCUAUCUCUACUGCACAUUCAUUUCUCUCCUAGUCACCUUAAAGAUUUUUACUUUACCCUUUUGUGGCUACAAUGUCAUUAGUCAUUUCUACUGUGACUGUCUCCCUUUGUUACGUUUACUCUGCUCCAAUACUCACGAAGCUGAAUUGAUAAUUUCAAUCUUUGCAGCUUUUGAUUUGAUUUCAUCUCUUCUGUUCGUUCUUGUGUCUUACCUGCUCAUCCUUGUAGCCAUUCUCAGGAUGAAUUCUGCUGACGGCAGACACAAGGCUUUUUCCACAUGUGGAGCCCACCUGACAGUGGUCAUAGUGUUCUAUGGGACUUUGCUUUUCAUGUACGUGCAGCCCAAGUCUAGUCAAUCCUCUGACAUUGAUAAAGUGGCUUCCAUAUUUUACACCCUGGUUAUCCCCAUGCUGAAUCCCUUGAUCUACAGUUUAAGAAACAAAGAUGUAAAAUAUGCUCUACAAAGUACAUGGAAAAACUUACGUAAUAUUUUUCUUUAAAUUUUGCACCAUAUGAUUCCUAUAAAUUAGGUUAUGGUCAUCAAUUUUUUCUCUUUAUACCUCCAGAAGACAUAACGAGCAUAACUGAUUCAAUAUAUAUUUACAUAUGUCUAAAGCAUGAUAGACAAUUCUAAUUGCUAUAUGUAGAUUAGUGAAAAAAAAACAAUAGAAAUCUUUGCCUUCCUUGAUGGACCGAUUAAUUAUAUUCACACUAAGUCCAUUUUAUAUAACAGUAAGAUGUGCAAGAUGGAUACAGGCAAAGAAAAAUGGAAGACAAGGAAAGCUAGUAUGCUGGGUGGGAGUAGGAAAUAGUAGUCAUUACAGAAGGGAGUGGCAAGGAUUCUAGUGUGUUAAUUAUUAAGUAUUGAAAUAAAUUUGCAGUGUGUGUGUUUGUUUCUGUAUGUUUCUUUUAAUGUAUUUUUCGUAUAUAAUCAUUUUCCAUCUCUUUUAGCCUUUAUACUUAUUGUUUGUGUAUUUUGACAUUGCAUUUAAUACUGGUCUUUUACAUGAUAUGUGAUGAUUUUAUGUCUUUUAAAUGUGCUUGAAUAAUAACUAUUGCAAACAUUAGGAUCCCCCUUUUCCUUAUCAAUGCCUUUAUUUCCACAUAUAAGUCUGUUAAUUGAACAAACUUUGUAGCUCAAUAAUCUGUAUUCUGCUUAGCACCUGAUAUUAUUUCAGUCAGCCAAUUCUGUGUACAUGAGUAGAUAUAUCAUUUAUAAUAAAGUUUAGAAGACA